AUGGAAAUAGCAAUUUAUAUUUGCAUUGCUGGCACUUCAAUUGCUUUCACGUACUUCCUUGUACGACUGAAAACGGGCGAAAGACCCUUCAAUCCUGGAACAGUCAUUCUACAUCAGAUUCCUCGAGAUUUGUUUACUACCCUAAGCGGUUCUCCGCCAUGUCUAAAAUUGGAAACUUUCCUUCGAAUGACAAAGAUCCGCUACCAAAAUAUUUACAGCGUUAAGACCUCCAAGAAGGGCAAGUACCCAUGGAUCGAGUUCAACCAGAAAGAGAUCGCUGAUUCUAAUUUCUGUAUUCGGUUUCUUCAGAAAGAAUUUCAUGUGGAUGUCGAUGCACAUUUGGGACCCACGGAAAAAGCUAUUCGCCACAGUAUUCGCACCAUGUUGGAGGAAAACACAUAUUGGUAGGCAGAAUGUACUGUUCACAGUCCCCUAUAUUGUCGUGAGAUUGUAGGGAUCCAGCGCUUUGCGUUUAUACGGCACAGAAGAAGCCCAUUCUGUUUGCGUAAACGAUUGUAUUCUAAUGAGUCUCGCUUGCGUAAGCAACGGAACGCGUUUUUCGCCCGGGAGGUGGGGGUGGGGGUACUCCCUUAUAUAGGCUGUACAGGCAUGUGCGGCGCCAAAGGGUAUUUAUUUAUUUAUUUAUUUAUUUAAUCGCUUUCACCAUGAUUACAAUACUAAAAAACUAGGGAAAAAAAUACAUUUGAACAAGACACAAAAACGAAGGACGAAGGUGCGGGACACACAACAGAGCGAGGCUCCAAAUUAAGUGUGCCCUUACGAAAAAUACACAAAAUACUAAGUAUUUAAACAUUAAACAUUAUAAAAAGUAUAAAAAUCCCAUUUGUAAAAACGAUAAGAAUGAAUCCCUCCCGCAGCCGAUAGAAAGUCUUCGUAGCAGCAGUUACCAGCUAAUAGAAGAUUACGUAACCUACUGCAUUUGCAGCAGAUCGACUUCCAGGUGUUAAAGUUUGUGACGUUGUAGUUUGUGCGAAAAGCAGCCGAAUAGCGUUGGAGUACGUGAGAUUUGAACUGAUUAAGAGAACUAAGAGUACGAGUGGAUACAGGUAACGUAUUCCAGAGUUUAACAAUACGAUUAAAGUAACUAAAUUGAAAGAGCUUUGUACGGGACUUGGGAAUUAGUACGUCUUGAUCAGAGCUAUGGCGAGUGAGACGAGUGCCUUUAGGCCCGACAUAAUCAGCUAUGGGUAAGGUGUAGUGGCCAGCGCGACACUUGAAAUAGAAAAUUAAGUCUUUCACUUCAUGCCAGUAUGUUAACGGUAGCAGAUUGAGGCGAGAAAGGCGCUCAUGAUAAGAAAUAUCCUCUUGCCAGUGCGUGUUUAAGAUGAAUUUUGUUGCCCUGCGUUGAAGAUCCUCUAUUUCUGUUAUACUACCGAUCGUACUGGGAGCCCGUACCUCGCUAGCAUAGCCAAUAUAUGAUCUUACAAACGUGAGAUAUAGUAAUUUCCUAUGGUCUGUAGUGAAUGACAUAACACCAUUGCGGCACAAAAAUGCGAGCAUCCUAUUGGCCUUAGCUAAGAUAGUGUUAAUGUGAGUAUCCCAUGUGAGGUCCGGCGAGAUAGUCACUCCGAGGUCUUUUACCUGAGUGACGUGUUUAAGUGAGUCGAAAUGGGUGGCGCUUAGGUGUGACGGUUAGUACCUCACAUUUAAAUGUGUUAAACUUUAGGUGCCAAUUAUCGCUCCAGCCAUGCAGACUGUCGAGGUCCUUUUGGAGUGAAUCACAAUUUUGUAGACUUUCAAUGACGCUGGAACAUUUUGAGUCAUCAGCGAAGAGUGCGAUACGAUUCUGUAUCACCGGCGGGAGAUCGUUCACUUAAACUAAAAACAGCAGAGGACCGAGGAUACUGCCCUGAGGGACUCCUGAUGGAACUGGAGAACGACUAGAAGUGAAACAGUGGACCAAGCACCGCUGACCGCGUCCACCUAAGUAGCUCUCAAACCACUGCAGAAGUUUCCCGCUGACUCCGUACCGAGAGAGUUUCAGAGGCAGCCUUUGGUGGGAGACACUGUCGAAAGCCUUUGCGAGAUCCAAAUACACAAUGUCCAACUGCAGGCCCUUAUCUAGAGACCGGCCAAUCUCGUGAUAAAACGCUAGAAGGUGGGUGACUGUAGAUCGACCCUGAAGGAAACCAUGCUGUGCAUUGUCAAACAAAGGACAGAAAAAACCCUUAAAGUGCUUGAAUAUGCAUCGUUCUAAUACUUUGGAUACAACGCACAAUAGAGUGAUGGGUCUGUAGUUAGUAACGUCCUCCUUUUUUCCUUUCUUAUGAACGGGGACGACAAGGGCGUCUUUCCAUUCGGUGGGUAGUUUACCCUCCGCAAGAGAUAAAUUAAAGAGGGCGCAAGAGAAGGUGUUAGAUCCCUUGCACACGUCUUUAGCACUAUUGUAGGAAGACCGUCAGGGCCCGGAGCUUUGCUCGGGUCUAAAUUCAAGAGCACCUUAUAGACCUCGUCUUGGCACAGCACUAAGCUGUCGAGGACGGGCAUUCUACCGUCGGGCGGCGUAAGUGCAUCAAGGGGUAUCUCAGGCGCAUACGUAAACGUAGAAUAGAAAUACUUGUUGAAGGCUUCUGCCAUCUCCACUCCAGAGGAGAUCUGUCGCCCACCGUACGUAACAUUAGCUAGUAUAGAGUUUGAUUUGGUUUUAUGGCGGAAGUAACUCCAGAAGCGCUUUGGAUUGACUUUCAAGCUGUCACCAAGAGAAGUGUGAUACUCCUUUAACUUCCUGUUUAUCAAUGCGUUAGAUUCUUUUCUUAAAAUCCUGAACUUUUCAAGGUAAAAAGCGCUGUUGUGUUUCUUGGCGGGACGUCUAGCUGAUUCUUUCCUCUUCAGCAAAUGUCGAACUCAAUCCACGGUGGCGUGUUUCAGUCCCGGACUCUAGCCUUAGGGAUAUUAGCGUCAAUAAUAUCCAAAAGGGCGGAUUUCCAGUUGGACCAGCAUAACACGCUAUUACCGAGCUCCGCAUAAUCUGCAGUUUGAGGUUCUCAAAGUCAGCUGGUUUGAAAUUGUAGGCAUAGCGCGCAGGUUUCUUCACCCUACGAGGCCUGGUUACAAAGUCAAAUUCAAGUAGGUCGUGGUCGGUAUGGUUUUUUAGCCUUCUUGGUCUGAAAUAGGGUAUCAAUUUCGACCAUUUUGGUCUGAAAUAGGGUAUGCUUUGUGCACUCUAGUCUUGAAAUGGGUAUGUUUUUUUAGAAGAAACUACUACUUCAUCAUUUGGCGGUAAGACCAUUUCCCUUUUAUUGUCUACGCCAACUGUGUACGUGUCGUAACAGCUUGUCAAGCGCUCCGGUUACGCGCCGGGCUACAGAGCUUCAAGUCUGAAAUAGGGUAGAGAAAAUCACAGAUUUUGGUCCAAAAUAGUCGGGUAAGGGUUUCAGGAAGCGUGCCGCACACCCCACCCAAUUUUUCAGGAAGUAUCGAACGGUCAAAAUGCGUAGCAAGAUUUACGUGUGCCAGCCAGAAACCGUCCUGCUGAUUGCCUUUUUUUGAUCGGAUGCAGUUAAACAAUAAACGCUUACCAAGUCUGCCUUAAAUCAGUUAUUGUUUAAACAUUUUGUUAACGAUAUCCAAUCGAAAAGAGGCGAUCAGCAGGGCGGUUUUCUGCCUGGCACGUAUAAACUCGCUACGCACUCAGUUUUGACAGUUCGAAAACUGCGAGAUUUUGAUUUUCCUUAAGGGCUAGCUCUGGGGCUUUUUGAUGGAUUUUCGAUCGGAAGGUACGCCAAGAAGCGUGAAUCUUUCGGUCCUUCUUCGGCGAGUUUUGAAAGCGGAACAUUGCAAUUUUCUAGGGAAAAUCGCUCCGGCCCUGGAGCCGUUCAAAAAAAUUGAUUCCACCCUUGUCCUUCUAUUAAGAGGACAGCGAACUCAAAAUCCUUCAAAAUGGCUCAAAAUACCACUUCUGAGGCAAAAGGACGACAAUUUACCUUAGAUAAGGUACUAUAACGUUUAUUUAGCAUUGAUCCAUGACACGAACGGUCAAUCUAGUACAUUUACUAUAAAAUUACAAUGCAAUCGGGUACACAAACAGACUGUGUGGAGACCCUGUGGUUACGGGCGGUCAUCUUGGUUUCAAACCUUCCGAGUCUGGCCUGGGGAUGACUGUGGAAUCUACUUAGGGGGUGGGGGAUGGCGAGAAAAAACAUUUUCCCCCUUCUCCCCCCCUCCCCCUACUGCCUAUAACACCCGACGCUCGUCCCCUCGGUACAUUUGAAAUCAAGAUGACCGUCAGUAACGCAAAGCGCUCCAUCUCGACGACCUUCCGGAGGGAUAGGGGACUGUGAACAGUCUAUCGGUAGAAAAAAAAGUUUUGCAACCUCGGAAACUGUGAACUGACUAUCGUAUGAAAAAGACGAAGUUCUCCCGCGUACAAAAGGGGAGAGAGAGCUAAUUCGCAGGCUAAUAUUCAUAAUAUCAUCACCGACCUAAUCACCUUAGUGGUUGAAGUUAUUUUCUCUUCGUGUUCCUUGCCAGUAUAAGACAGGUAUCCGUAAGAUUUAAUUUCAAACUGGUCAAAGGAUGCCGACUUUGUCCAUUCCGAUUUCAUGCUUUGCUGUCGCAUAGGGAACUGACGUGAACAUGCUUUUUUUUCGUGCACAGGGCACUGACGUAUACAUGCUGGUUGUCUGACUACGGCAAGGAAUAUCGGGAAAGAGCACUAGGCCGCCUUUUUCAGCCACUGAAAUAUCUGGUGUUAUACAGAACACAGAAAAAGUUUAAGAAUAUGCUAUGGUCUCACGGAAUGGGUCGACACACAGAACAAGAGAUCUUCGAAAUAGCUGAAAAAGACUUGGUUGCAGUGUCAGAAAUAUUAGGUCCAAAGAAAUUCCUGUUUGGAGAUAAACCUUGCCUAGCAGACGCUUCCCUAUUCGCCUUUAUCGUGGGCUCAGCCUGGGAGCACCCAGAAAGUCCAUUUGUUGAAUUCAUCAAGUCUAAGGCACAGAAUCUUCAGGAGCACGCUCUGAGAGUGAAGGAGACGUAUUAUCCAGACUGGGAUGAAAUGAGAGCAGAGAAAGCUAAGUCUUGCCUUCCUUACUUAAUCUCUGGUUUCUCAGGCGCCGUACACAAUUAG